AGCAUCACCUGGAGGGCUUGUUAAAACACUGUUGGCUGGAUUCCACUCGAGAGCUGAUUCAGUAGGUCUAAGGCUGGCUACCCACCAUCCAGACCAUCCGCCAUGGCUCCAAGGCCGUUACCCGCCACCGUCGUGUGAUGCACUUUGAGCGGCAGAAACUGAUGGCUUUGACUGAGUACAUCCCCCCCAAACCUGCUGUCAGCCCAAGUUGCCUCCCAUCUCCUCCCAAGCCUCCUCAGGAGGACACAGGCCUCAUCCGGCUCCUCCGGCGGGAAAUAGAAGCAGUUUUCCGAGACUACCGAAUGAUUGCUGUCUGCCAGAACGUGGCUCUGAGUGCGGAGGACAAGCUGCUUAUCCGGCACCAGCUGCGGAAACACAAGAUCUUGAUGAAGGUCUACCCCAACCAGGUCCUGAAGCCCUUCCUGGAAGACUCCAAGUACCAAAACCUGCUGCCUCUUUUUGUGGGGCACAACCUGCUACUGGUCAGUGAAGAGCCCAAGGUCAAGGAGAUGGUGCGAAUCUUGAAGAGCGUGCCCUUCCUGCCACUGCUAGGUGGCUGCGUCGACGACACCAUCCUCAGCCGGCAGGGCUUCAUCAGCUACUCCAAGCUUCCGAGCCUGGUCCUGGCGCAGGCGGAGCUGGUGGGCGGGCUCACCCGCCUCAUGGCCCAGACCCACUCCCUGCUUCAGAACCAGCCCCUCCGCCUGACCGCCCUGUUGGAGCAGUACGUCAGACAGCAGCCCGAGGGGACCUCCACGCAGCCAGCCGGUGGGCGGCCAGACGCCCCCAGCCCUGCUCCGGACUCAUAGCCAGCCUCGUGUACCCAGCUUGUCCCACUGGCUGCUGUCCUCGGGACUGGGAGAACGGCGGGGAGCGCAUCCGUUACCUGGCUUUCCCCACAGAUCCCGCACACCCGAGGUCCCGUUUCAGAGUGGAAGCUUUAGUCACUGUGUCCCGAGGCUUCCCAGCAUGGGACCUGAUAGGAGAAAAGUCUUUCGCUCUCCACGUCCAAGGCAGAGAAGCUGAACGGAGCAGGCCUCUCUCCUCGAGGCCGCCGUCCUUGCUGCCCGCCUCCCCGCCCCUCCCAGCGCACCGCCCUGCCCCGGAGCCCAGCCGAGUUGUUGCGUUAGGUGGCAUCUGUUGAGAGCCCAUUGCACCAUUCUCUGGCUUCCUCUUUGGUGUAUUCCUUUAUUUCUUACCAUGUCACCCCCAUUUCAAGAGAGGCCCCUAAGGGGUGGAGGAGUUUAAACCGGCCCAGGAGCCGGUUUAAACCAGGAGCCAUCAGUGAGUGGCAGAACAAGGACUUGAGCCAGCUCUCUGCUCCGACUGGGCUGCCGCGCUAGAGCCGCCUCGGUGGGGUCCCAGGUGUGUGUGGAUGUCCUCUGCCCUCGGGCGUGUCCUGUGGUGGGACGCCUCCUGGGAAUACACUUUUGAUUAAAAAAUGCAGUUUA